GAUUUGAUUGCGGAAAAGAGGCUCCUCAAGUCGGUUUGUGGCUGCGGUUUCGGUUCCGAGUUGCACUCGUUUCACUGGCUGGGGAAACUCUUGAUGUUAAAAAAUAAUUGCUGUGCUUUUCGGUGCGGUUUUAUUGGAAAGUUGUGCGCAAUCCAAUUAUUGCGAGGGGUUUUAUUUUAUUAUUAUUUUACUUUUGUCAUAGCGAGAGUAGAUUUUGUUUAGUUUCUUGAGAGAUUAUGAGUUUGAUGUAAGAUGCUCCGUAGUUCCGUCGGGAUAGAAAACAUGCUUUGGAAUUGUCCCCCGGAGAUCUAAUUUUGACUGAGGGCAAGCGGACGGGGGGUUUAGUCAGAGGUCGCCGACCCUAAUCUAGCACGUAAUUUCUCGGGAUUCGUCGGAACUGCGCCAUGUCAUUCGAAGAAAGCAUCUCCAAUGGCUAGAAGCGACACUGGAGAGGAUAUUGUGGGGAAUGAUAGGGACAAGCGAGUCGACGUGAACACGGCGCAGAUGAUACUUUCGCAUUGCCCCACCCCGGUUCAGACGGCGCUUAACAGCGUCACACCUGGUCGAAGGCGCAGACUGGGCCAGUUUCUCCCACAGCACAGUUCCGCUUUCGCGCUCUUUGACGUGGAGUGUGUCCGUGGUUUGCAUCCGCCCGAAGAUACCUGCACCAAUCAGUAUUUGCGAAUUGGUAACACGUUGCUUAUUCCAUGCCGACCCUCUUUCUCUCUCUCACUUUCACUCUCUCUCUCGCUCCGCUGCGGUCGAUUCGCAGUUGAUACAAUCUUGGUUCCUACGGUCACGCUGCAGAGGAGGUUGGUUUCCACCAAAAGCGAGUGCCCGUGUUUUAGUGGAGCUGCUGGCGAUUAGCUUGGAGCUCGUAUCUGCAUCGUGCAAGGGCCGAAUUGUGGAGGUUUGAGUGAUCGGAAAUGAUGGAAAGUAUUGAGGGCGAAAUUAGCAGUUUGGCAAUUAGGUUGGGAGAACCAAGGGAAUGUGAACAACGGAGCACGUCUAAUUGGACGGUCGCCAUUACCAGCAUACAUGAAAAAGGAAUAGCGCGGGUUCUUGUACGAACCAUAAUUGAAAGCCUAGUUCUGACAGUAUGCAACAAAAGCGAGUUCAUUCAUAGUUUAUUGGAGCAUAAUUUCGGAGGGUUUUGAAUAGAGCAAUGGCUGGAGAUGCAUGGAAGCCUUACGUGGCAUUAGUCUUAAUCCAGCUUAAUUAUGGUGGUUAUCAUGUAAUCACGAAAUUAGCUUUAAGUGUGGGGCUUAAUCAAUUGGUCUUCUGCGUGCUCCGAGACUUGAUUGCGCUGUCAAUCUUAGGGCCGUUAGCUUAUUGCUCUGAAAGGAGGGUACGACCGCCAAUAUCUGGCUACUUUUUAUUUUCCUUCUUUUUCCUCGGAUUAACAGGGAUCUUUGCGAAUCAGCUACUUUUUACCCUGGGGCUCAAUCUCACUUCACCAUUUUUCGCUGCUGCUACGCAGCCUCUUAUUCCUGUAUUUACUUUCAUACUAGCGGUAUUGCUCCGAACAGAAACUCUGCACUGGGAACGACCAGAUGGCAAAGCGAAAGUUGCUGGAGUGAUAGUGUGUGUUGCUGGUGCAUUGUUCAUGGCCCUGUACAAGGGUCCUGCUCUUCUCGGUGAUGGGCUAUCUGAUAUGAAUCUGCAAGGGAUGGACAUUGCAGGCAACUCUGCUUCCAUGCCUGUUCGAUGGAUUACAGGAAUUCUUAUUGAUUCCGGGAUUGACCUUUGGCGUUUUGGUGUUCUUUGCUUAAUCGGCAAUACUUUAAGCAUGGCAAUAUAUAUAGUAUAUCAGGCUCCAUUGCUGAUCAAAUAUCCUGCCAGUCUCUCCGUGACAGCAUAUUCUUAUGCGUUUGGGGCAAGUCUGAUGACAUUCACUGGAUUCUUUUUCGCUAAUGAAUCGGCUGACUGGAGGCUAAACAGUGGAGAAACUUUAGCCGUUAUUUAUGCUGGGGUUGUUGCAUCGGCAGUGAAUUAUGGAUUACUCACGUACUCGAACAAGAUGGUGGGACCAUCUCUUGUUGCUCUUUAUAUUCCUCUUCAACCACUGGCUUCAUCAAUUCUUUCUCGAAUUUUUUUGCGGAGUUCGCUAUACACGGGGAGUGUCAUUGGUGGAUUGCUGAUAGUGGCAGGCCUCUACAUUGUCAUUUGGGGCCGACAAGAGACUGAAAAGCGUAUGAUCAUCAAUCGCCGGUUACCAAUCACUCGUCCUCUUCUCAAGGGAGCGACAGGAGGCUCCAGCUGAUUUUUCAUCUUUAAACGGCCAAAUUUCAAGCACGGAAUCAGCGUGCUGGUGUGGAGAAGGCGUCUCAGCUUACCUCUGCUGCUUCAUCAUGUUCAUCAUGUUCGAGGUACUAACUUAUUCUUUGCCAGCCAUACAAUUCUUUUGUACAAAUUGAAGUUAGUACACAGUUGCUCCUGAAGCAAACGCUUCAUUAUUGCUGUAUUGUUCUGAAGCAUGCCGUUAGUAGAGCUGACCGAAUGGCAUUAUGCUAGGGCGAGUGCCAGCUUUUCUAUUUCCAAAGUGUCCCCUAGGUGGAUUUGAAACAUUACUCAUAUAGAAAUUCAAGCCAUUACACUGAAGUGUGAUGUAGAUAAACCUGAGCAGUUCUCAGCUGCCUCCUGGGCAGUAAUCUCGUGUAAAACAGUGAGGAGCGCUAAUUUCUAUUCGUGAUAUGUUUUUACCUUAUUACCAAUCAGUAGUGUAGAAAUGGAUUUAAUAUUUUCCAGAUACAGCAUUUGGGUUUGUCCAAUCUCAAGUAGUGAAAACAAAACCCUCGUCUCAUUCUGUACUGCUCUUAACUCCCUGGCUUACAGGUGAGUGAACAGUAGGCAACAAUCUCAAAUAAGUCUUAAGUUUAUACAAA